AUGUGGAGGUGAGGAUCCAUUCUGUUGAUAAAUCUGGUGGACAAGCCGUUUUCUACCAGGAAGAGAAGCAACUGAAAAGUAUCGUCAUCUCGUAUCGGUUUCAUCUCGUAUGAAUACAGCGAAUAGAAAUAUUUAUUUUGAAUUUUUCAAGGAUAUCGGGUUUUACUCGCACGCGCGUGUAUUGCGUAAUACGUGGCCAAUAAGGAGCUCCUUUAGCCGGGAUGACGUCAAACUCACGCGUAUAGGUGCAAUUUGACCUGUAGAAUCCAUUUCUGACCUUUCCAGAGUCAUAUGAUACAAACAUCGCAUUGUUUCAACACUUUUAUAUUUCCGGUUUGGAUAAAAUCAAACUCGGACCAGAAAUGUAAAUCUGGUAAUAAAUGGCUAGAAUUUACAGAUAGAACUUUGAAAAUAAGACAGUAUACAGCAUUUCCAAUGGUUAAUCGAACAAGAGUGUCACAAUGAGCAUACAUCUCAAAGGGCCUAAGUUAUGUUCGGCGAAAGGUAUGUUUAUGUUUAUAAUUUGUUAGUAAUAUUGCAUAAUUUGAUCAUAUACGCUAUAAUGUUGCCAUUGGCUGAAACUAUUGUUAUGAAUAAGUACAUAUUUUUACACUGAAUCGAAUGGUGGUAUUUUCAACGACAUAGCGUUUAUUGAAUCGAAGAUAUCAACGAAAACAUCCAUAGAUCCUGCACGUUCUACGCGCAAUGGUACCGGCUGAGAAAGAGUUAAUUAAGGAGAAAAAUCAAGUUGGAGAAACGAUUUAUCCCAAUUUAACGAAACUAGUAGCCACUGUGUUAUCCUUGCCAUUUUCAAAUGCUGCUGUUGAGCUUGUUUUCAGCCAAUUGAAACUUAUCAAGAGUGAUCAUAGGGCAUCACUUAAGCAAGAAAGUUUGGCAUUACUUUCCACCAAGUAUUCCUUCAUGAAGAAAGGAAAACGACAGGCUGUUAUGAUGGAUACUUCAAGUGAAAUGCUUGACCUACAUAAGCAAAUGAAAUCCAGUGCAAAAGAUGAAGAUGCAGCAAAACUAAGAGCUGAGUUUUUUAAGGAACUGAAAAAUGUUAAAACUUAA